AACGUUGUGUGAACAAGUGCAUCACUGCCUGUGAAGGUGACUGCAGAAAACAACAUGGCGUCGAAAGCAAUGGCACGAUUGCUCGGUAAAUCGUCAUGGGGAAUUGUGCAGAGAAACUUCUCUACCACUGUCUCAAGGGCAGCGACCCAGAUGACGGUGCGAGAUGCCCUAAAUUCCGCCAUGGAUGAGGAGAUAGCAAGAGAUGACAAAGUGUUUUUAAUGGGGGAGGAAGUGGCUCUGUAUGAUGGGGCCUAUAAGGUGUCAAGAGGACUUCAUGCUAAAUAUGGAGACAAAAGAAUUAUAGACACCCCAAUUACAGAGAUGGGGUUUGCGGGCCUAGCUGUUGGUGCAGCUAUGGCAGGACUAAAACCUAUUUGUGAAUUCAUGACCUUCAACUUUUCAAUGCAAGCUAUAGACCAGGUUAUCAACUCAGCUGCCAAGACCUUCUACAUGUCAGCAGGAACUGUCCCUGUUCCGAUCACGUUUCGCGGUCCUAACGGAGCAGCAGCUGGAGUAGCAGCACAGCAUUCCCAGUGUUUCGCCUCAUGGUACAGUCACUGCCCGGGACUGAAAGUUGUCUCCCCUUUCAGUCCGGAAGAUUGUCGAGGAUUGCUCAAGUCAGCCAUCCGUGACCCCAAUCCGGUGGUAUGUUUGGAGAACGAGAUCAUGUAUGGUUCCUCUUUUGAAAUCUCAGAUGAAGCUCUUUCACCCGAUUUUCUCAUCCCCAUAGGAAAAAGUAAAAUAGAAAGAGAAGGAAAACACAUAACCCUAGUGUCACACUCUAGAUACGUAGGACAUUGUUUAGAGGCAGCCAAUGAACUAGCAGGAAUCGGAAUAGAAGCUGAAGUCAUUAACCUAAGAACUCUGAGGCCAAUGGAUGAUGCCCCGAUCAUCCAGUCAGUCAUCAAAACCAAUCACCUAGUGACUGUGGAGGGGGGAUGGCCGCAGUGUGGGAUAGGGGCUGAAGUCUGUGCUAGAAUUAUAGAAAGUCCAGCCUUUAAUUAUCUGGAUGCUCCAGUUAUGAGGGUUACCGGUGCAGAUGUACCUACUCCAUAUGCAAAAACUUUAGAAGACCACUCUUUCCCUCAGGUUUUUAACAUCGUGAACACUGUCAAACAAUCACUCAACGUUUCCUAACAGAGCUCAGAGGACUUCCUCGGAUGGACGUUAAAAGUUAAAAUUGUAUUGUGAUAGAAAGUAUUGUUGAUGACAGUUUUAUAAAUUAUUUGUUCCCUUUAGACAUUUUGUCUGGUACUGUUAUUUUAUGAUAUUUUUUUUUUAAAGCAUGUUUAGUAAGAAUUUAGGAUUUUUUUCUGUUACAAAAAGUUUUAUGUUGUUAAGGAUUGUCAGAUUGAGUUUUUCAAAAUGACUUAUACAAAUAUAGUUCACAUUUGAAACUAAAAAGUUAAAAUACUCAAUACUCGGUGAGAAAAGAAAUGAGAAGGAAGGAUUUUGAAUGGGCUUUAAUUAUAAAUGACUAAUCAGGGGAAAACAGGGUUUGACAGAGAAUCGAAAUUAUUAUGCAUAUCAAAUGGAAUUCACUUCUGGAUUUAGAUGUAACAUAAAAACCUGUAUCUGGUAAAGUAUUCAGCUUUUUAAUACAUUUAAUAACUUCAGAAUGCUCCGUAUUAUUAUUUGCAGUGUAUCUUGCUUCUUUUGGAAACAUGUGAUGUACUCGAUAUAAAUACUGUGGUUAAAUUUCUAAAUGGGGCCAACAGUAAAAAAUGUUUUGUUUGAUGUGCUCUGAUUGCAGCGUCAAAUUGUCCUAGGAAAAUUAUCUAAACUACGACAAUGAAGUUUAGGUAUCAAUCGUAGAGGAAUACCGGUAAAUGUAAAUUUGUGAUUUUCAUAAUAUUUAUCAUUGUGUUAGAUGAUUUGAAAAAUGUACCUACUACCUUAAAAAAAAUGGGUUGGAGUACAUCAAACAAAAAAAUUUUAAUGAUGGCCUGAUAUAAAUUAUGAUUGAUAUGUAACUCUUAGGUGGGGAGUUAAAUUGCUACAUAUGGGUUAAUUCAAACGGUAAUAUAAGUAAGAUAUCGCUGUAACGGUACCAAUACAUGUACAAUCAAUGGAAGAUCAAUACAAUCAAUGGAACACCAACAGAGGAGAGAUUAAUCUUUCUUAAUUUACAUGAAUGAAUGGAUAGAUUUUUUUAUUUCCAAUUUAUUUAUUUUUCAGUAUUUAAGGUUUUCAAUAAAGUUUAAUUUUGGUUUGUUUUAUACUGAUAUGUCAAAUAACAGGGAUAUGAUCAAGGAGUUCACUUUUCCAAAUAUGUUGUAUACUUGAGAUUCAACUUUGAUAUCUUGAACCUUUUAGAUAACUAGAAAGUUUGUCAGAUCUCUACAGGUAUGAAAUGUUGAAACUCUAUUGUGUAUAACACUUUGUUGCAGCUUUUGCACUGCAAGGAUCAUUAUGUACAUGUAAAUUCAUGGACAGUAAAUCAGGCUUAUAAUGAAGUGCCAGGAUGGAUGAUUCUGCUUUGUUAUAAACGUAAUUCAUUAUAUCCAUUAUGAAAAUAAAAAAAUCAAAAUGAAAAUCACUUCGCUGUAAGCAUCAAUUCAUUAUAAGCGGGUUUCCUAUAAGCAUGUUUUACUGUACAUGUAUUUAAUGGAUAAUAAUGAAUAUGGUGUUGUAUGGAAGGGGCUAUUUUACAUGUACAGUGUAUUAGCUGAUAGAUCUGACUUGCAUAAAAUAUGGUGUACAUACAUUUACAUAUAUUUUAAUUGACACAAGGAAACAACAACACUAAAUCCUGAAGUGUUUGUAUUGUGUUCAUGAUGUCAGGGAUUCAAACAGACAAAGUACAAGAAAUUAAAUGUAGAGAGAAUGGGUUAAAAUUGCUCAUCUCCAUACACUUUGUCUGCUGUAUACACAUAAUGCUUGAUGUUUUUCAUUGCACUGGAAAAGUCGAAAGAUGUUCAGACAAGUCCUUAUAAAUUUAUCAAAGGAAGUGCUUUUUUUUUUGUUAGAGUCUUGCAUAUAGCAUAACUAUGUAUGUCAAAUACCCAUUUCUUAUUAAUACCAGUUUAAAAGAGGUAUCAAAAUUAAUUGCUUUGUUUUGUAGCAAUCAAAAAUUGUAUUUGUUAUAUUGAUGCUAAAUGAUCUGCUUUCUCUGUAAAUUUUCAGGCAUAAAUAUUAAAUGCUACAUGUAGACACAUAUUUUUGACAGAAAACUACAUAGUAUUGUAGCUAUAAUCUUCAUUUGUUUUACAUGUAUAUUUCAUAGCAAUAAAGUUAAAGAUUAUUGCUCUAAACCUUUAAGAUGUUAGAAACUUUCAAUUGCGUGUACUUUAAUGGCAACCAAACGACAUUUUACAAAUAAUAAACGGUAAUAAAUUUUA